AUGAAUCGAGUCACCGUUUCACCGUGCCUUCGACAACGCCCUGCAUAUCGGCGGGUCCCCCUCGGGCCUCUCCGUGGGCUAUCGCGAACCGCGCCAAUAUUCGCGCGCCCAAAGCGGCAUGCCCCGGCCGGAACUAAACGCGACCCAGCACGAUGCACGGCACCCUUGACCUCAUCUUCUCCAAAAUCUCACCCAGUCCUCAGCCGGGCCUUCUGGUCCUGCCGCUCGACCUGGCGGCGAGCCGGCAUCAACACCCUGCGCUGCCUAGUGGGUUGCACCGUGGGCGACUUUUCAGCCCUAUGGACGCUUCAAUCGAUUUAUCCCGAUCUCGGGAUGGGGAAUAUCAUGAUGGCAUCCAUGGCUUCCGGAAUCGCAACAUCGAUUCUACUUGAAACAGUGCUGUUGCGGCGUGGUGCCGAUCAGCUGUCAUGGCCGAUGGCGGCCCGGACGGCCAUGGGGAUGAGCACGGUUUCGAUGCUGGCAAUGGAAUUGGCGGAGAACGCGGUCGACUAUCAUCUCACCGGCGGAGUGAUCGCGCUGGAGGAUCCCCAGUUCUGGCUGGCGGCGGGAUUGUCUGUUGGAGCGGGCUUUCUAGCCCCGUUGCCUUAUAAUUACUUGCGGCUGAAGAAGUACGGCAAGGCCUGCCAUUGA